CUGGCGUGUGGAAGUGUUUCCGUGAAGAUGCCUUAUCUGUUGCAACUGGAAUAUCGUCUGGAGUCUGUAUUGAUCUUGGCGUUUCAACGCGUUGACAAAACUAAAAGAAUACAUUAGUAGGCGUCGGUAAUUUAGACUAACUUAGUUGUUUGCGAGCAACGCGACAGCGCCAUGGCGGGCAAAGCAGCCGAUGGCAGGGUCAAAAACAACAGCGAAAUCAUUAAAAGUCAGCACCAUCAGGCGUUUGAAUGCAUCUCUGUGGCGCUGAGGAUCGAUGAGGAUGACAAAGGUGUGAAGGAGGAGGCUGUCCGCUGGUACAAGAAAGGCAUCGCUGAGCUAGAAAAGGGCAUCGCCAUCGACAUCACGGGACAAGGUCAGCAAUAUGAUCGGGCAAAAAGACUUCAAGAUAAGAUGGUCGCGAAUCUCUCCAUGGCAAAAGAGAGGCUCUCACUUCUGGAGGCUACAUUGGCAUCUAAAAAGAAAAGCAACCCCCAGAACGCCUCAAAUGGUCUUAACCCCCAGCCAAAGCCUGCUCCUAGAAGCCCGUCUGGUGUGUCUAAUCAAAUCAAGCCCUCCACUACUGUCAGACCUGCUCCCAUAUCCAGUGAUGGAAAGGUUACACCACGGAUUGCAAAAAGUAGAAAUGGAAAACCUGCUGCUUCGACAAAGCCCCAAAAGAGGGAUAUGAAAAACUUGAAGAAUGUGGACAGUAAACUGGCCAACUUGAUUCUGAAUGAAAUUGUUGACAGUGGAGGAACUGUAUCUUUUGAAGACAUUGCUGGACAGGACCUGGCCAAGCAAGCACUUCAGGAGAUUGUUAUCCUUCCCGCCCUAAGACCAGAGCUUUUUACUGGCCUGAGAACUCCAGCACGGGGUUUGCUUUUAUUUGGUCCUCCUGGAAAUGGCAAGACCAUGCUGGCCAAAGCAGUUGCGAGGGAAUCAAACGCUACAUUCUUCAACAUAAGUGCUGCCAGUUUGACCUCUAAAUAUGUAGGGGAAGGUGAGAAACUUGUCAGAGCACUGUUUGCAGUUGCUAGAGAGCUACAGCCUUCUAUCAUCUUCAUUGAUGAGAUUGACAGCCUGCUGUGUGAGAGGAGAGAGGGAGAGCAUGAUGCUAGCCGUCGUUUAAAAACUGAAUUCCUCAUUGAGUUUGAUGGGGUGCAGUCAGAUGGUAAUGAAAGAUUACUGGUAAUGGGAGCUACUAACAGGCCUCAGGAGCUUGACGAAGCAGUGCUAAGACGUUUUGCAAAAAGGGUUUAUGUGGCUUUGCCAAAUGAGGAGACCAGAUUCAAGCUGCUCAGAAAUCUCCUGGCGAAACACGGGAAUCCACUCAACCAAAAGGAGCUUGGCUAUCUAGCAAAAAAAACUGCGGGAUACUCAGGAAGUGACCUCACGUCAUUAGCUAAAGACGCUGCACUCGGGCCAAUUAGGGAACUGGGCCCAGAACAAGUCAAGAGCAUGGCUGCAAGCGAGAUGCGGAACAUCCGGUUUAAGGACUUUGAGGAUUCCCUAAAGCGUAUUAAACCCAGCGUGAGCCCGCAGACACUUAGCCUGUACGCUCAGUGGAACAAAGACUUCGGUGACACAACCGCUUUCUGAAAUGAGACGCCCGCCCUGAUUUCCAUGUGAAUGUGGGGGGGGGGGGAUGCAUCUCCCCUGCUCUUCUUGGUAAAUGGCCAAAUUGAAAUUGUGAAAUAUAACUCAGUUUAAUGCAUUUACAAUAAUCCUUGUGGAUAAGAAUACAUUCUAAGACACUAUCCAGCCUUAAGAUUAAACUUCCUGUUUUAAGGGAACCGUUUGAUAAAUUGAAGAUUUUGAUUUCAUAACAGGGUUAUUUGAUAAAUGUGGCUGCCAAACUUUGUCGGACUUACAUCAUAUUUACUUAAAAAAACCAGUAAUUCAGUGUCCAGACUCAAGAGGGCAGCACAGCCUUGGCCAUCAUUGGCUUGCAGUUUUAUUGGCCUGCGAUAUAACACCUAUUAUGGCAAGCCGUUCAUUUAUUUCUAACAUUUACAGUGCUGGAGAGAUAGUCACAGCAACAUUGUUUUUUUUACUGAAAUCAGUGUGUGAAUAUAAUUCAUUCAAAUGUGAAACUGAAAACCUGCUUCCCAUUAACAGCUUGCAGACACUUACAUGUGUGGGAACUCUCAAUUUCACUGGUUGGACUAUCUGACUUGGGUUUUUUUUUUUUAUUAUUAUCAUUAUUCAUUAAACUGGCACUUUUGACUUAAUCCCAGUUAUGAUUUCUUUCAGAAAAGUCACUCCAUGUCUGAUACCCAACAAGUCUGACAAUAAACGGAUGUUAAAACCGUC